CCCCGCUUCUCAUCCAGUCGGCGCGAGCUUACACAGUACCCUCCAUUAUCGGCCACCAUCCACCAGCACCCCUGCAAGCCCAGCAGGUCAAGACUGUCGCUCUUUGCCCCCUCCCCUCCCUCCCAUCCAUCCUCCCAUCCUCCUCUAUUUCCCGCCCAUCCAAUCCGUUCCUUCCUUCCUGCAACUCGAACGGAUAUCCAUCAACCAUCCCUCCAGCCCACUCACACACCCACUCGGCGCGAAACGCAGAAGCGCGAACGGCCUGUUCUGUUUUAGUGGACUCUGCUGUGCUGCGCGGGUUCCUGUCUGUCCCACAACCUCGCCGGGAUUGUGGCGACAUCUGUCGAUCGGUCGCCACCCGAAAAAGGAAGAAGAAGAAGAAGAAGAGGAGAGGGAACAAGAACGAGAUCAGGACAAGGAAGGCAAAGGCGGAGCCGGAGAAAGGACACGAAGAAAAACGCGCUGCCCUCGUCCCGUCGACUUUGACGCAGGUCAGGCUGGCAUUGGAUGGUGGAGAGACAGCGUCUUGGUGGUGGCGUUGCAUCAAUCGCAUCCAUCGAUUUCGCGUCGGCUUAUUUGCGGCGGCCUGGUCGGUGCUCCACUGUCGCUGCACGCCUGCAGAACUGUUCGCAGUGUGUGAAUCGGCCAAGAAGAGUGCGCGCGCGCCGCACAGACAAACGACCAAGCAGGCCUGCCUUGUGUCAGGCAGCUCAAGUGCGCGACCAAGGCCAGGGUUGCCAGAGCGGAGCGCCAGGGGUGUACAGAUAGACACCCAGAAGCACGGAGUACUUUCGAGUCCCACCCGACCGCAUCCACAUCCACAUCCAAACCCCUCCCCUCCCUCCCUCCAUCCCAGGCGCCGCACGCGCUUCGCUGCGACUGUCCUAGCCGAAGUCCCAGGCCUGGGGCGGCGCGACCUGCACGCACACCCCCCUUUCCCCGCCGCGACGGCGUGCGCCGCGUUGUGCCUUCUUGCCCACCCGCCGCGAAGAGCUGGAGCACUGGACGGCCGCGAGUGAUCAAUCGUCGUUCCCAAGUCUCGGGGACGGACGGUGCCAGUCGCUCGCAACGAAGGCGUUUCCCUCCCUCUCUCUUCUUCGGCCCAGCCAUCCACCCAUCCCUCCAUCCAUACCUUGCCUCCCCCAUCCAUCUAUCAUCCAUCCAUCCAUUUAUUCCCGUUCGAUUGAUUUGCGCUUUUCACCCCUUCUACCCCUAGCACCUCGCAACCCUUUCGACGCAACGUUCUGUCGCCAUCCUGUCAUUCGACCUCAAGCCAUCCCCUCCCUCGCCCUUCUUUUUAUCUAUUUAUUUUUUCUGGUCUAACCUGCUUUUAUCAUUUUAUCGUAUUCUUUGGGUUUCGGGCUCCCGAAUUGCUGUUGUUGCGUCUCGCGCCCUGUCGCCUGGGGAAAGCUCUGGUGGGACUUGAAAGGCACUGACGCUCGCGCCGCGCAUUGGACGCACGAGUAAUCUUGCCUGUCCUAUUACCUUCGUCGCUGCUGUCUCAACCACUCUACUGCUUGCCCGCCCACCUCGCCCACGCCCUACUGCAUUUUUAUCGUAUUUUAUUUGGGUUUAUUUCCAUUUUAGCUGCUUGUAUUUUCGCCCCUCGUUCUCGAGUCUUGUCCUGCUUGGUUGCUUCGCGCCUUCCCGGCUGCUGCAUCCACCCGUUUGUGGAUUGCGGAUAGUGGUUGCGUAGCGGGAGCCUUACUAUUUUUUUCUUUUUCCGAUUUUUUUCUUUUUUUUUUUCUUUUCUGGGGUUGGGUUGCGACUGUCCAUUGACCCCAAGGCCCUCGCGCACUGGCACAACGUUAGCACCUGCGGCCGCAAUUGCACGCAUCCGCACACGCGCGCUCGCAUCAAAACUUAACCGCACUGCGCGCACCUCCACCAGCACCGAAAGCGACUGCCCGCGACAGCAGAGCACGUCCAACUACACUCAACAACACACGUCGUUCCGCAGCAGGCCCGUUGACGUGGUCGGCCUGCCUGUCGCCGCCCUCAUGUACUCGGCACAGCCUAACGGCGCUGAAGGUGCGACCAUCAAUCCCGCUGCCCUCAACUCGGCCGAACUGAGUCGGGGCAUCAAGAGGAGCCGUUCCCCAGACUCCUAUCGAGACCCCCUCCAUACGGGGCCGGCGGAUGACGACAAGCCUAGAAAGCGCGGACGCCCCAUGAAAGGCCGACCCGGUGGCAGCCUGGAAGAAUCGCCAGCGCAGGCGCCCCUCCCGACACCCGUGUCCGUCCCCCAGACCAUGCCGCCACAGACCCCUCAGUCGGCGAGCAUGCCGCUCCCGCUACAGAGCCCCCAGCAGUAUGCCCCGCCUCCGGCCACGCCGUCGCAAGCAUCGCCACCCCCGCCAAAGCCCACCCCGAAGUCGACCUUGAAGGCUCUCCCGACGGUGCGCGACCACACGACCGACCAGCUCGCCCCCGGCGGUGACGAGUACCUCCCUCGCGAGACGGACGAGGCCGGCGAGAAGAAGGUCAUGCCCAAUGGCCAGCUCCUCGGUGGCCGCGAGUACCGCUGCCGCACCUUCCUGGUGCAGAACCGCGGCGAGAAGCUAUUCAUGCUGGCCACCGAAUGCGCCCGUGUCCUGGGUUACCGGGAUUCGUACCUGCUCUUCAACAAGAACAGAUCGCUCUACAAGAUCAUUGCCAACCAGGUGGAGAAGGACGAUCUGGUAAACCAGGAGGUCCUCCCCUUCUCGUAUCGGUCGCGCCAGAUCGCCAUCGUGACGGCGCGCAGCAUGUUCCGCCAGUUCGGAAGUCGCGUCAUCAACCACGGUCGCAGGGUGCGGGAUGACUACUGGGAGGCCAAGGCACGCAAGCAGGGAUUUACCGAGAACGACCUUGCGGGAGAGAAGAGGCCCGGCGCGGCCAAGGCCCGAGAGGCCGCCAUGGAGGCGAGCCAGAACGCCCCCAUCCUCGGAGCACCCCACGGAGAGAUUGUGUACAGUAACACUCCCGGCCAGUUCGGUGGCGCGCCCCAGGCCCCUCUUGUUCAACCAGACUACAACGACACCCGGACCCGCGACUACUCGAACAUCCUCAAGGCCCCGCGCCAGGAGAUCACCGGGCCGGCCUACCAAGACAGGACCCAGCCGGCGCCCAUCCCCGAGCUUCACGCACAGGCUCACCACACGGCCGAGUUCAACCGGGGCAUCAACCACCAGCGCGAGAUGCGGGGGGAUUAUCUACAGGGCAUGUGGCGCAGGCCGCACGAGCAGCCAGUGCAGUCUCAACCUAACCUGGCCCAACCCAUCGGGGCCCCGGCCGAUUCCUCGGCUGCCAGCGGGACCCCUGCCGGCGGGCGGGCGGGACCGCACCCUGGUCAGCAGCACUCUUCCGCUCCGACGGGUGGGAUGCCGCAGCCGCCAUCCCAGCCUCCGGCAGCCGGGGUGGUGUCGGGGCAGAGCCCCCAGCUGAUGAUGACGGCUCCGCCUUACUCGCAGCCAUUGACGUCGCAGACCCAGAUGCAGCCGGCAAGACUUGGGUCCUCGGGCAGUCUCCAGCAGGGCGCGCAGCCAUACAGCUACCCGCAAUCAAGCCAGAUGUGGCAGCAGACACCUCAGACGCCGCAAUACAGCUACAGCCACCCGAGUCAGGCCCAUCAGUCGCCGCACCAACAACACCAGCAGCACCAGCAACACCAGCACCAGCAACAGCAACCAUCGCAGCAGCCGUCACAGCAGCCGUCGCAACAGCAGCAACAAUCAGCACCGUCGCAGCAAUCCUCGCAACAGCAGCCGCCGCAGCCCAAUAUCCGACAACAGCCGGGCGGACAGGUCCAGCAGGGCGGCAUGCCGUAUUCUGGCAUCCCGGGGAUGGCGCAGGGCUACACAACGGCUGCGUCAGGCCACGGCAUCUCGUACGACCAGACGCCUAGGCAGUACAUGCACCAGUCCCCCGCGCCCGCGCCCGCCGUCACGCAAUCAUGGUCUGGCCAGGCCCAGCAGUCUCAGUGGUGGCCGAACCAGCAACAGUGAUGGGGGGCCCGCCGCGAUCAUGGUUCUCACGACAUGCUUGAUUUUGAUACCCAGUACGCUCGGUGUGUGCCUGCUACGUUUUUAUGGUCGGCAGAUUUGUCAUUUGCCGAAGAGAGGAUUUGGAAAACAAGGCCGGGUGCUCCGAGGCGGCACCCGCACCCCUUUGUUCGGUCCGGGCAGAAUUUUAUCUCAUGCCCUCCUGGGGCGGUGCAUUGCAGGCUAUCCCCAUCAUCGAAACGGGAACAGCCUUUUUUGCUUGUUACAGGCGGGCAUUGGUUUGUAGCAUUUUGGCCGGGAUUGGGAACUUAGAGGAGUCACGGAGGAUCUUUUUCUUCUUUCAUCUAUUGCUUCGUAUUAUCAUUUUUUUUCUUUUUUGCUUUGCCAACCCCCUUCACUCCACCAAUUUUUUUUUUUGGAUUGCUGCCUCAGUCGGCUCUUGUCGCCCUGUCUCAUCCUUUAUCUCUCUUCUCUCUCCUCUCUCCUACUCUAUAUCGUCUCUUUCACUUCUUGGCCUGCGACCCUGCCUCCUCCACUCCUCCCAAUGCCUACUGCGUCCGGUUGCCGCGAUUCGACGACAUUGUCGUGUCGUUGACAUCAGCCCGACCAACUGUUUAUCCGUCUGGUCUGCUCCAGAUUCACGCUGAACGAAAGAAUCGAUAAUGGGUCACGGCCGUCACAUCUUUGUCUAUUUCUUUGUUUUUGAAUCUACUUGUUUUUUUUCUCUCCCUAUAAUCAUUCCUCGGACGUAUCCGAACUGGCCCGACUGUUUUGUGCCCUUCAUCAUUGCCUGGUUCAUAUCAUAUACGGCCUGUGGCUGUGGCCUUUGUUCAUGUUAUUGUCUCGGUUCUGGUUUCAUUCUUGCCGACGUGCGCGGUUCUGUGAAGCAGAGCACGCAUUUUGAGGACUUUUUUGUGCUGUUUUUUUUCGUCUGGGCGGGCGAGCGACGGAUGCAACGGCUUCGUGCGAUCGACGUGACGCCUCGACCGGUCUUCGUUCCAUCUCGCUUGUUACCGCUGUGAUACCCGGGUGUCCUCAUUGAGUGAGGAUGGUGGGUUUGGGUUUUUGUCUUUGUUCAUACUGGAGGAAAUGGCUCUUCUGGCUUUACUUCUGCCUGGGUUUGUGAUUUUUGUCGGGGGAUAACACUUGCUGCAUACAGACUGGGUGGGCUCUGCUUGCUUUCUCCUUCAUGGUAAUAUUGGAACGUCUGCUCGUCGUGAGAUCUUUGGUGUCGUUCUUCGUGGCCUAUUGCCCUAUUGCCUCCCCUAGGAUUGGCGAGCGCUGCUCUGCCACCACGCAUGGCUACCUACCUAGGUGCUGCCCCUCGUGUCGCUCGCCUGUUUGUGCUGCUUUGUUGCACCGUUGAUCUUUCCGUCGUUGUGGUCAUUUUGCAAAGAUUCCCUCUGCCUUUUGUGAUUCUGUCUUGUUGAAUGGCUCGUACUUUGGGCAAACCUAAUGCCGAUCGCAGCUCUGGGAGUCCUUUUUCUCUGCAGAACUAACGCGAUGUGGUCCCCUGUUCCAGUUCGGGUCGGAUGGGAAUUUGUGAUCUUUCUAUCAGAUGGG